CUCCGACAAAACCCUUCCACAAACAUUAUAAGUUUUCUUUCCGACAGAUUAUUAUUAAUCGGAAUGAAACCCCACAGCCGCAAGCUACUCACCCAGUCGUUGACGACGACGACAACUCCGUCACCGCCGCCGGGAGAAAGCGUGACGUCGGAUCCGAGCCCAGUGCCGUCGCAGCGCGAAGUGGUUGCCGCGCUGUCCAUCGUCCUCGUUGCGCUUUUCAUCAUGGGCUUCCUCUACAUCUGCUCGCGUUGUUUCUGCGCAAACACCGACGCCGAGUCACCUCGUCGCCGGCGCCUCGCCGGCAUGCUAAGGUCUUCUCCGCCGCGAAAAGGAGUGGACCCGGUGACGAUUCGGGCUCUGCCGGUGUUCUCCUACUGCGGCGACGCCAAGAACAAGAUCGACUGCGCGAUCUGCCUGAGCGAGUUCGAGGAGAAAGAGGCCGUGAAGGUGAUACCCUUUUGCAAGCACGUGUUUCACCCCGACUGCAUUGACACGUGGCUGUCGUCCAACGUGACGUGUCCGGUUUGCCGGGCGACUCGGUUUUCCGAAGACGCCGAGGAGGGGUCCGCAGGAAGAUCCACGGUCAAAAAUCAUGAGACGUGUAUAGAGGUGAGGGUGGUGGGCGUUGGAUCGUUUAGUUUUGGCAUGAGGAGGAACAGGAGUUGUUCGAAUUUAGGCGAUCGAGCUGUUUUGCAUAGAACCUCCAGUUUCUGAUACUCAUAAUUUCACCAAUUCUUCUUUCUCUGCAAUAUUAUAAAUCGAAAAAAAAAAAUGGAAAAUAUAGUUUGUAUAUAUUUCAGAGUUUAUCGCAAUAUUUCACCGAGUUUAAUUAAAUCAU